AGCCGGGGCGGGGCGAGCCGGGGCCGGGCGCCAUGGAGGGCGGCGGGCGGCGGGUGGUGGCGGUGGGCGCGGGGCUGGCGGGGCUGGGGGCGGCGCAGCGGCUCCGCGGGCACGGCUCCCUCCGCCUGCUGGAGGCAGCGCCCCGCGCCGGGGGCCGCGUCUGCACCCGCCCCUUCGCACUGGGGCUGGUGGAGAUGGGGGCGCAGUGGAUCCACGGCCCCUCACCAGGGAACCCCGUCUUCCGCCUGGCCACCCACUAUGGCCUGCUGGGCCCAGAGGCUGCCCGGGAGGAGAACCAGCAGGCAGAGGUGGGGGGCCACCCCCCACUUCCCUCCAUCACCUACUGCAGCUUGGGGAGGGCGCUGAGCCCCCAGGUGGUAAGUGAAGCCCAUGACCUAUUCGACACCCUCCUGGCCUCCGCCCGCGCUUUCUGGGGGACCAAGGAGCCACCAGUGCCCAGUGUGGGACAGUACCUGCGGGAGGAGAUUGCCCGGAGAGUCCCCACAUGGGGGGGCGGUGAGGAGGAUGCCCAGCAGCUCCGGCUGGCAGUUCUUGCCACCUGCCUCAAGCUGGAGUGUUGCAUCAGUGGGACCCACAGCAUGGACCUGGUGGCCCUGGAGCCCUUUGGGGAGUAUGUCUCCCUGCCCGGCCUGGACUGCACCUUCCCAGGCGGCUACAGCAGUUUGCCCAAUUGCAUGCUCUCAGCACUGCCGGAGGGCACUGUCCUACUCAACAAGGCUGUGAGGACCAUCCGGUGGCAAGGGUCCUUCCGCGAGGAAGGGGAUGAUGCCAGGGAUUUCCCUGUUCGGGUGGAGUGUGAGGAUGGAGACAGUUUCCUUGCUGACCACGUUAUUGUCACUGUCCCGCUAGGUUUUCUCAAGGAACACCACCAGGACUUCUUCCAGCCUCCCCUGCCUGAGUGGAAAACAGAAGCCAUUCGCCACCUGGGUUUUGGCGUCAACAACAAGAUCUUGCUGGAGUUUGAGCAGCCUUUCUGGGAACCCCAGCAGCAGUUUAUUGAAUUGGUGUGGGAGGAUGAGUCACCCCUUGAGAAGCCCAGCACUGACCUGGAGGCCAGCUGGUUCAAGAAGCUCACUGGAUUUGUGGUCCUCCAGCCACCGGAGCAGCAUGGGCACGUCCUUUGCGGUUUCAUUGCGGGGAAGGAGUCUGAGCACAUGGAGACACUGAGUGAUGCAGAGGUUCUCAGCACCAUGACACGCGUCCUCCGCACACUAACAGGGAAUCCACACCUGCCCGCUCCCAGGAGUGUGCUCAGGUCCCAGUGGUACAGCGCUCCCUACACCCGGGGCUCCUACAGCUACGUGGCCGUUGGCAGCUCAGGGGAUGACAUCGAUGUGCUGGCUCAGCCUCUGCCCGAGGACCCUGAGGACCCCAGGCCUCUGCAACUCCUCUUCGCCGGCGAAGCCACCCACCGCACCUUCUACUCCACCACCCACGGGGCCCUGCUGUCGGGCUGGCGAGAGGCCGAGCGGCUCAACCAAUUCUUCGAGGCACCCAGCCCCACUCCUCGGCUCUGAGGCAGGAAAAUAAAACCCGUGUUUCGCGGGC